AUGAAGGUAAAUCUUGAUAAGACUUUUGUUGAGUCUUUUUUAUUGACGCAUCAACCUUUUUACCCUCAAAUUUUCUACAAAGGGUGUCAGAUACCACUGACUGAAAACUUUAAAUACCUGGGAGUCAGUUUUGAUAGAAAACUUACAUGGGGGUCCCAUGUGGAGGACAUCACCCGACGUGCCAUAAAAAGAGUUAAUCUCCUAAAAAUAUUAGCGGGUUCUAAAUGGGGUUGGUCAAGAGACACGCUAAAUUUUACAUACAAAACUUAUAUUCUACCCAUCCUUACUUACUGCUGUGAGCCGCUGAUCUCAGGAUCAGAGCAAGUCCUUCAACACUGUGAGACUUUUCAAAAUCAGGCUCUACGACUGAUUACCGGAGCAGUGAAGACAACACCCAUUGACUGCAUGUUACUCAGCACUGAGAAUAGACCUCUAAAGAUGAUCUUUGAAGAAAGAGCUGUUCUCCUAUGGGAAAGAAUACUUAGAAUCCCUGGGUGUCUGUCCCUGUGGAACCAGGACUCUCUGGUCGAAGGGAGAUACUUAAAAUCACAAAAAGGUUUUCUCCGGGGAGUAGCUGAUAUUUCUUCUAAACUAGAUUUAAAAUAUGAGACUGAAGAAUUUCCUCCCUCCAUAAACCCCAUUUCUGAAAAAGGUUUCUCCAUUCGCCUUAAUUUGAUUAAGAAUGUGUUCAAAGCGGAGACAAAUGAUGUAGUGUUAAGAGCUCUUGCUCUCAAAACAAUAGAAUCCUGUUACCCCAGAGAGAAAUGGUUGAGAAUAUAUACUGACGGCUCUAAAGUGAAUGGAUGUGUUAAUACUGGUGCUGGUGUUUACUGUGAACUUUUUUCCUUUUACACCCCCAUUGGCAACCAUAGUUUAGCUUUCGAUGGCGAGAUUGCCAGGCCCUGUCACAGCUCCAGCCACAUUUAG